AUGGGAGGUUCACUGGCAGCGCCGCGGUCUGAAGAAGAAAACGACUUUGUCACUGGAAUCAUACUGAGUGGCCAAGUUUGGAUCAACUGCAAUGACCUGGACAUUGAGGGUGAAUGGAAGUGUAGCGUCGGUGAGGUAAAGUCUGGGUUUAGGUGGUGGGCUUCUGGGGAGCCCAAUGCUGGCCGACAACAAGUGGAUGAGGACUGUGUCAUGAUGACGGCAAGAGGCUUCUGGGGCGACCUACCCCCUCCCGAGCCAAAAGCAGGACCCGCCCUUGCCCUCGACAAUCUCAGUCGACCCACCUUUGCGGCCGGCUUUCGACGCUUGGCCAAUAGAGGGCAGCAGAUUGAUAACAAGAUGGCGACGGGCAAUCAGUGGGAAGAUUUGCGAAAGCAAGCGAGACAAGUGGAAAAUGAAAUUGACCUGAAACUGGUGUCCUUUAGUAAACUUGGGACGAGUUUCAGUGCACACAAUGACAGAGACCUAAGCUCAUCAGACACUUCACCACUCCUGAACGCUUCCAAUAGUGAGAGGAUGUUUGACACGAUGGCAAUGGAGAUAGAGAGGUUAUUGUCUAGGUUGUCGGACAUCAAUGACAAGAUGGCCGACUAUGCCACCAACGUGUCCUCCGCCUCGCCCAGCGCGGCCCUCCUUCACACCUUACAACGCCACCGAGAUAUCUUGCAAGAUUACAGUCACGAGUUCAAGAAGACGCAAGCUAACAUCUCAGCUUGCCGGGAGAGGGAAGACCUACUAGGCUCAGUCAGGAGAGAGAUCGACUCUUACAAGAACUCAUCCGGUCUGAAUCGGAGGACAGAUCUGUAUCUUAAGGAGAAUGAACACAUACGAAAUGCGGACAGAAUUGCAGAUGAAACGAUAGGGGUUGCUAUAGCAACAAAGGAGAAUAUGAUGUCACAACGAGGCACGCUGAAGAAAAUCUCCAACGGCGUCACAAACAUGGCCAACCGUUUCCCCGUCAUCAACAGUCUUGUGCAGAGAAUUAAUCUCAAGAAGAGGAGAGAUUCCCUCAUCUUGGCGGGCGUCAUCGCUGUCUGUAUCAUAUUCAUUCUGUGGUUUGCAUUCCGUUAAACGGAGCAAUCCAUGACCCAAGGACCGAUUUAGACCCAGUGAGAACGCCAAUGGGAACAUGAGUUUGUUGUAACAGCAAUACUGUGCUGAAAAUUUCCGGGGUUUAACUGCUUUCAGCUCUGGCAAAUUUCACCGCAAGUUUUUCGCGAUGUCAUAUUUCAAUAAUGAACUGGCCUUUCAGUGAAAAGUUGAAAACAUUCUACACAGACAACAACAAGUUGAUUUUUCUGCAAGUGAUGAAAGAAUAGCAACUUUGCCUGCUGUACUAUGCAUAUAGACCUUUCUGCGCUUGGUUGGCAAACUGCAUAUUUGCCAACCACGGCCUGAAAAACUAUGGAAGGUCCAACACUGCAAAAAUGAAGAAGAGUUAUU